AUGGAAUUUUCGGAUAAUAGUAAAAGAUGUUCCCGCUGUGACAAGAUUAAGACACAUGAUGAGUUUGUUCGACUAAGAGGAAAUAAAAUGAAGGAAUUUUCUAAUUGUAAUGACUGCGCAAAUACCAAGAAAGGAAAAAAAUCUGUUAAUGAAGCAACAAAUGUAGAGGAAAGCUUAAAUGUUACUGAAGAUUAUGAUUCACAUACAAUAAUUAAUGAAAUUGACAAUAAUGAGGAUAUAGCUUGGUAUAGUUUUACAGAUGCAGAAAACCUAAUAGCAAAUUGUUUUGAAAACCCUGAAGAAAAUGGUUGU